ACUUUAUGAAUAAUGAAUUAUUAAAUAUCGGAAAAAAAAUAUGUAAUUAUUAGAAGAAAAAUUUAGAACCAUGCUUUUUUAGUCAAAUAAAAAGUAAUGGGCAUUGUAAAAGUUUUUGAGAACCAAAUUUCCAUUCCAUAUUCUAUAUUCCGGCUGGAAUAAUGAAGAGUCAGAAAUUCGGAGGAAAGAGGAGGGCUGCCAUUCGACUAAAAUCCAGACAUUCUCUGACACUAAUUGAUAGAGAUCUUCUUUACGGGAAUAACGGAACUCACGUAACCGGCAAUAGUUAUUCUUUCGCUCCCUCUAACACCUUGACUACGUUGAUAGUUCCCAGUUCCCUCGGCAUUCAGCAGUCUCGUUCUUUCGAUAAUUCCAAGGGAUUUUCUUCCGUUUCAUCCGUUUCCUCGAUAUCUUCCCUAAAUUCCAGGUUCAGCCCGAGCUCCCCGUAUUCUUCUAAUGCCAACAUCUCCUGUCAACUCGAAAAUGGGGGAGAUAAUCUUAACACGCGUUAUCUUCAUACGAGACCCCCGUCUAGACCCUUAUCAGCCAACGAAUACUAUUAUCGCGGCAUCGGAGGCGAUAGCAACGGGAUAAAUGGAGGGGGUCUUAGAAAUUCUAACUCCAAUCCUAUCCACGAGGCAAAUGUAAGCGAUUUAGAUAACUUCCAUAUUUCGGGAAAUGAAGAUCGUCAUAAAGGGCGUUUUAGGUCCUGUUCACUACAGCCCGAUACGCUGUCGCAUAUCGGAGUUACAAACUUUCGAAAUUUAGACAUACUGGGACACUCUCACUAUAUAGAUCAAAGUACUGGGAACGAGAGUUUAACUAUGCACCUAAGCAACGAAAACGACAAGAAAAGUAACUCUACGGGUGUUAAUAAAUCCAGGAGUUUUUCUCAUCUAUCCGAAAUGCCGUCCCUGAAAUUAUUUCGUAGCUUGAUGGGAAUCAAACCGGAAAACCGUUACGAAGGUGAUACACGUUUAGAAGAUGGUGUGCAUAACCUUCCCGGAGUCACCUCUGGGUUCGAUUACAGCUCACCAUCCCAGAUUCCUCUCGAGAAAUAUUUGGAGAUGGACUCGAUGCACUUAGAUCGUAAAAAGAAAGGCACCGGAAUAUUCCGUUCGUUCGCGAACAUUUUUUGCGCGACAUCAGCGGGUAACGAAACCGCUACGACAAAAUGCGUUUCCAACGAUACGGUUAGUAGGGCUCCAUUUGCUCAAGCUAGCCCUGCCGGUGUUUCGUCGUAUUCGCCAACCGAAUUCACCCGGUUUUUAUACCCGGAACAUCCUAGUAAUCUGUAUAGAUACGAUCCCGUUCACGGGAAAAAUAACAAAAGAGCCCGUUCGUUCGACAAUUCGGCCGUCUCUUCUUACGGCGACAAACCGAAUAUUCCUAGCAUAUCGAUCACAACCAAUCAAGCUGGUCAAGAGUUCGCACCCGAGAAUUAUCUCAAUUACGGGGAAGUGAAGGAUAUUACCGGGUCAGUUAAAAUAAACCCCCCCAAAUCUAAGUACAAAAUGGGGCAUAUUCUCAAAAUCAAAAAGUUCAAGGAGAAGGAAAAAGAAAAGAAAGACGCGUUGAGAGUUGUCGAUUACGCGGACGUCAGCAAAUCUUACAACGACAUAUACCGUUACGUGGAAGAGAGUUCCCAUAAGCCUGUCUGCGGCAACGCCUAUAUCAAUCAAAACAGGUCCGAUAACGCUCUGCACAAAAAAAAUCAUGGCGGAUCCUUGGAAAGUCUCGAUGAGAAAAGAGUGGCCAUAUUCCAGGACCUGCAACUGGAAAAGGCUGUCAACACGGAUACCGUAUUUACUAGCAAACAACUUAUUCAACCUUCAAGGGUGAAUAACACGAACCCGGACUUUAGCAACGCUAGAACCAUCAACAAAAAGAGGAAUAGGGUGGAAGAUUCCCUCUAUAUCAGUCACGGGGUAUGUCUCCAUUGUUUGUAUCAUGACAGGGAACGUUAUUUAAGUUCCAUGAAAAUUGUUUCCCAUAUCUUAGGCCAAAAUAAAAAUUGUGAUGAGAUGGUUUCUCCUGGUGGAGUUAAAAACGUCAAUGUCUCUCCUCAAGAUAAAAUAAGGCAUUCUCCUUCGAAUUUAAUUGAUAUACCGAACCCAACAAAGUAUACUCUUUGUCACGAUUUAAAAGAUAUGAAUUCCAACCACCGUUCAUCAACCUAUCUCGAGACCCGUCAAUCUAAGGAUUUAAAUCCCGAAAAAGGCGCAGAAGAAUACUGCGCAGAAUUUUCUCAGCGGAAUGCAUCUUCAACCAUUAAUAAUUCUUUCAAUGCCAGCAAUACCAGCGUGUCGUACACAUCGGCAUCUGAACACGAUAAAGUGCAUCAAGGGCGCAUUACCCGCGAAACAAGUUCGUAUUUCGACAAUGUUCCAGCAAAAGAUGACGUAUCUUUACCUGUAUCUCACACUGGGGCUUCCUUAACAUUUACAAGCCAAGCACCAUCCCCAAUGCAACUUCGUGGAACGUGCUCAACCCAAAACGGCGUCUCUUCGGAUUCCGAAAAUAAGAACCGGCUUCCCGGCGAAAACCGCAUUGUCCCCCCAAUAAUUCACCCUACGAUUUCCAUUAUUUCGAAUACCGAAUCGAGUCCGCCACGCUCGGGAGAAUCGCGCGGCACAAUUUCCCCGUCGUAUUUAGGGAUUCCGGCUCAAUCUUUCAUACCCGAAAAACUUUCCAAAAACUUGUCGACAAAAAAUGAAACUACGACGCGGUCUAAUAAUAAUAAGCAAGUACGCAGGUCCCUCCCGAUCUACCCCUACGCCUCCAUUUUGGCCUUGGGUGCUUUAGAACUUUCGCUGUUCGACAAAAAGGAAAUUCGUUCCAAAUCUUUAGAUUAUUCUCCCUGCAACUCCCUUAAAGAUCAGCUUAAAUUUCUAUACAAGAACAGUAUUAAUGACCAAGAAGUCGAUCAUCCUAAGACACUGAACGACAAAGUCGCCAAGAAAAAUCAAAUUCUUUUCAAUUUUCUUUCCCCGACUUCCAGAGUGAAAUCCGGCGAUUCCGACACCUACGAAUUCGGUUUGACAGAUGAUAAAAACAGCUGUGCGGUCAGCCCGAUCAAGAAAAACAGUAGCCAACAAUCCAACAAAUCAACCAAAAAAAUGGUGAAAAAUUCGCUCUCCUCCAAAAAAGGGUGCAAUGCUGACGGCCCCAAGUUUAAAUCUCACGUGGAUUGGACGGCCAGAGCUGACCCAUGUGAUCAUAUAUGGCUUGAUUACCCGGCUUCGGGAGAUUCUUGUUACUUGAGCGAAAAUACGAAAUGCAAAAAAACGGGUAACAAAAAAAGGUGUUCGGCUUGCAAAAUUGUGAUACAUGAGGAGUGCUUGGACACCUUGAUUAAAAUAGGAUUUGUGUGCAAGCCAACAUUCCGGUUAGAACAUCGAAGAUCUUCUCUCAGGAGGAACGAGGAAAGAAAGGAGACUAAUGAUCCUCCACGUGAUCAUCUGUCAGAGUGUAAACAUUAUGAGUUGCAUCAUCAUUGGGUACAUAGGAGGAGGCAAGAAGGCAAAUGCAAAAGUUGCGGCAAAUCGUUUCCCACGAAAUUCAAUUUCUAUUCCAAAGAAAUAGUCGCCAUCAGCUGUUCUUGGUGCAAAAAUGCCCACCAUAACAAAGUCUCGUGUUUCACCCUCAAAUUAUUUGAAGAGAGAUGCAGUUUGGGUCAUUUAAGGACGGUUAUUGUUCCUCCCUGGUGGAUAGUUAAAGCCACGACACAUCCUAAUCUCAAAGAAAGAGUGACCAUUAUUUCUAAUUCCAUCCACAAAGAUCCUUUGAUUCCUCCUAAUAAAAAUUCAACCUCUACUUCAAAGAUUUGUCGAGUUUCGGAGGAUGUUGAGGCAAUGAACGAAACUGUGCUAAAUCUUAAUUUGGACGCCAAUAAUCCCGGUAUAGGCUCUCCGACUAACACGGUGCAUUACAGGAGAAGUUCUAAGACUCUAACCUCUAAAUCGCCUUUGUCAAUUAAAAAUCGUACACGGCGAUUAACACAUCACACUCCUGCACAAUCUAAGAAAAAACCCAUCUUUUACAUACAACCAAACUACGAUUACUGCGACCCAAACAAUGCCAAAAAUUUUGACACUGAAUUACCGGUGGAGAGAUAUUAUAAACUCUGCGGUGAAACGCCAGUUUUAGUUUUGAUAAACCCCAAAAGUGGGGGAAACAAAGGGGCCAAGCUUAUACACAAAUUCCAAUGGUUUCUGAACCCCAGGCAAGUCUUCGACAUAACGAAGAUCAAACCCGAAUUCAUAAUCGAAAUGUACCACAAAGUUUCGAAUUUGAGAAUAUUGGUAUGUGGAGGAGACGGGACAGCUGGGUGGAUAUUCUCGGUGUUGGACUCUUUGACGGAAAAGGAUAUCAUCGACGACAUGCCAGCUGUCGCUAUUUUGCCAUUGGGAACGGGGAACGAUUUGGCUAGAUACCUCGGCUGGGGAGGGUCCUACAAUGACGAGCCUUUGCCCAAAAUAAUUACUAGCGUUGUCGAAAACCCGAUAAAGAAAUUAGACAGGUGGAAUAUUGCCGUCGAGCCCAACACAUUCCUAGCUGACACUCUCCCUUAUAUCACGGAUUAUAAAUCCAAAAGUAAGAAACACAAGGCUUCCAAGUACCUGGAACGCAGUAAAACUAACCCCGUAUUAACAUCGCUCAUCAUUUCCGAGAGUCAGAAAACUGCUACGGAUUCCAAGAAUUCUCAACCGAAUUCUCCCCAGGUGGAAUUCACUAUUUCCCCGCACCAAGCGAAUUCUGCCCACAGAAUCAAACCCGUUUCUGAGCCCAGUAUCUCCUCGUUCACCAAGGGGGAUUAUAGCAGCAAGUUCAUAUUCCCGGAGAACAACGGUGGUGAUAGCAAAGAUUUGGGGGUUAAUCUGAGCCCCGAUAAAUUAAAAGAAGGAAACACGGAUUCGGAUGAAGGGAAUAGAGAUCAUCGCGGACAAAGUCCGUCCAUUAGUCCAAAUCCCAUAACGCCCCCCGUUAAAAGUGAAUUACCUCUCACGGUGUUCAACAAUUACUUCGGUAUGGGUUCCGAUGCUCAAGUUACAUUGGAGUUUCAUUUAUCUAGAGAGGCGAAUCCCGAAAAAUUUAACAGCCGAUUCAAGAAUAAGAUGUUUUACGCCGGGGUUGGCGGAAAAGAUAUAUUAAAACGUAGUUGGAAGGACUUGGUCAAUCACAUAAGCCUAAAGUGCGACGAUAUUGAUUGGACAGAAAAAAUCAGAGAGAUGAAAUUUCACUGUAUAUUGUUUCUCAAUAUUUCCAGAUAUGCUGGGGGUACUUUACCGUGGGGCUCUGAUACCUCUACCAGUAAUUUUGGGACUGGUGCUAGCAGUAACGUUGUAGCCGAAAGAUCCUCUAGUAGCAUAAGCAGCGAAAACAAUGCUCUAUUUGAAAGGCCUAGGUCUGACGACGGAUAUUUGGAAGUCAUCGGGUUUACGGCCGCUUCAUUGGCUGCUCUGCAAAUGGGAGGUCACGGCUACCGAAUAUGUCAAUGUCAUCUUAUCGAAUUAGUGACAACUACCAAUAUACCCUGUCAAGUUGAUGGGGAGCCUUGUAAACUGUCCCCAUCUAUCAUAACCAUAUCUCACCGAAACAAGGCUAACGUCGUUAUCAAGAAACUCAAAUAUUUCGACUCCGAAGAUACGGGUUUUGAUGGGAAUUAUCGCAGAUCCCAAGAAAAUAACAUGGAAGCGGACAAUCUAGAAUCCAAAGAAAGCUCUAAGAUUUUUCAAACUCCUUUAGAAUCAAGGAAUUCCGACCUCGCGACAAACACGGUCUUCGUAAAUUCGGACGAUAAUGCUCAAACUAAAUCAUACAACGAAAAUCUCCCUACAAAACGAAAUUCUAUAUUGAACAUACCCGACAUCUCGUUGUCCCUUUGCGAUAAUAACGAAGAUAUUAACCACCUCAACGGAGAUGACUUCGAAAUAGGUGAGACCAAAAUUGGCGGCAAACCUUUGGUAAAAGAUGCCAUUCCCGAAUAUAACGAUGACUUGGGUGCUAAUCAUCAUCAUCGUCCCGGCUUAAUAACCGAUUAUCCCGUCGAUACAAUUGAGACCGACAGAAUAACGGGUUCAAAUCAAGCUUAUAUAGACGCUUGCAAGAGAGGCGAUCUCGACAACAUGAAAAAUCUGAUAUCGCAUUCUCACGCUGAUAUAACAUGUGUAGACUCUUCCGGCCUAAGUGCCUUACACUAUUCAUCUCAAUUCGGUUUUAAAAAUAUCGUGAAAUACUUUUUAGAAAACGCCCCGAAAUAUAUGAUUGACCUUAAAGACAACGACAAAGGGCAAACAGCUCUACACAAAGCGGUCUCUAAUGGCAGGAGAGGCGUCUGCGCCUUAUUGGUCGAAAAUGGUGCUAAAACCGAUAUACCCGAUUAUCAAGGCCUGAUUGCUCAAGACAUAGCUACCUUAUCCGGAGAUUUAGAAUUAGCAGAAUAUCUCAGAGGUAAAUCCGAUUUAUCCUUCAACAAAGACCUGUACAGCAUCGAAACGUUAGUAUAGAAAAGCGUAAAUCCUUUUGGGAAUCACUGUUUAGAAAACAAAACAAUACAAAACCAAAAAAACAUAAAUACUCAAAUUUGUUUUUUUUUAAAUCAUUUAUCAUGUUUGAUAUAUUUUAUACCCAAA